CAGAAGCAGAAUCUAAAUCAGAAGCAGAAUCUGAAUCAGAAGCAGAAGUCUAUAUUUCAGAUGAUGAUUUCAAAUCGAAUUCUACAAAUGCUAAUAAAAACUAUAAAAGGAAAGAUGUUACACAUGAUUAUUCAAAGGAAAAUGUAAAAGAACGCAAAUCUGGAAAUUAUUCUGGUACUAUUAAUGAUUCUGUUAACAUUACUGAUACUAGUGAUUAUGAUCAUUCAAAACAAGAAUUGAUUAAUGAUGAGGAAGAAAAAGAAGAAAUGAAUAUUAGUUUACAAGACGAUGAACCAUCUAAGGUUAAUUUUAGUCGUCCAGAGGACACAAAUUUAUCUAUUGUGAACUUAACUCAUUGUGAUAUUGAUUCAGAUUCAGAUCUAGAGUAUAUACCAAAUAUAAGGAAUAGUGAAGAAAAUGCAACAGCAAUGUCUUUUGCGAUAGAGGAAACAGGAGUUGAUAAUAUAAACCCACUAAUAGCUCAAGAAAGAGCCCUUCUUACUUGUAAAUUACAGCAUCUACAAAAUCAAAUAGAUAAAACAAAAUUAUUACUCAAUACUGCAAAUUUAGAUUUAUUACCAGAUAAAGGAGAAAAGUUACAACAAAAUAUUAUAUUACAAACCAAAGAGAUGGAGGAAAUAAAAGCAAAAUUAGAAAAAACAACAUUGGUAAAACCAAUUAAAGAAAUAAAUGAACAAAGUACGUCUAAGGAAGAAGAAGAAGAAGAAGAAAAAGAGAAAUUUCAGCAAUCUGAUUCAAAAUUGGAUUAUAUGGAAUCUGCCAAAAGUACAGAAGAAUCAAAGAAAUUAGGAAAACGAGCACAAGAAACUUUUGAUCGUCAAUUUACGUUAACAGCAGAAAGACUUCAAGAUUUACAUGGAUCUCUAGUAGGUCAACCGUCAGAGGACACAAGAGCCGAAGAUCCGCCUGGCUUAAAAGUUAAAUUAAUGCCACAUCAACAACAUGCAUUGGCAUGGUUAAUGUGGAGGGAGAAAAAACGACCACCCGGUGGUUUAUUAGCUGAUGAUAUGGGAUUAGGUAAAACCUUAACAAUGAUAUCAUUAAUUAUGGCCACACACAAUCAAGAUGAUGAUUCAGACAGUGAUAAUGAAGAAUGGCAUACUUCAAAUAAAUCUAUAACUUGUAGAGGUGGAACACUCGUUGUGUGUCCAGCGUCACUAUUAUCACAAUGGGAGAAUGAAAUAAAAAGUAAAUGUAGAAAAGGCAUAUUAUCAGUUGAAGUCUAUCAUGGUAAUAAUAGAGAAAAAGUGUCUAAACGUUUAGCAAAGUAUGAUGUUGUUAUUACAACAUACAAUAUAUUAUCUCGCGAGUUUAAAACUAUGUCUACAACAUAUAAGAUUCAUUGGAAAAGGGUCAUUUUAGAUGAAGCUCAUCAAAUAAGAAAUCAUAAAAGUCAAGCAUCUCAAGCAGUGUGCGGACUUUUAGCGGAUAAAAGGUGGACUCUAACCGGUACACCUAUACAAAAUAAAGAAAUGGAUUUAUAUUCUUUAUUAAAAUUUUUAAAAUGUUCACCUUUUGAUGAUAUUCGUGUAUGGAAACGUUGGGUAGAUAAUAAUAAAAAUACUGCUGGUCACCAAAGAUUAGCCACACUUAUAAAAAGUUUGAUGCUUCGUAGAACCAAACAAGAGCUUCAAUCACAGGGUGCUUUAGAAAGCUUACCUAAUAAAAGUAUCCAAGAAAUUGAAGUUAAUCUUGAUCCACAAGAGAAAUUAGUUUAUGAAAAAGUUUUAAUAUAUUCUCGCACACUUUUUGCACAAUUUUUAGCACAAAGAGCAGAAAAAGAUCACAUGGUAGAUUUAUCAUCUGGAUUAUAUGAUAAACCAACGUAUAUGUCAAAUCCAAAUAAAAAAACACAAUUUACAAAAGCUCAAAAUAAAUUAUUGUCUCUCCACGCUGAUGUUAAAUCACAUGAAAUUUUGGUACUUUUAUUACGUCUUCGUCAAGUAUGUUGCCAUCCAACAUUAAUUCAUGCUAUGUUGGAUAAAAGUGAUCUAGAAGAAAGUGGAAUAGUAGAUGAAAAUAAUGAUGAUCUUAUAUCUCGUAUAAAUAAUAUGUCAUUGUACGAAAAUCAAGAAAAUCAAGAUAUAAAUAACGAAGAGAUUGAUAUUGACAAACAACUCACAAAAAAUUUACUUACUUCAUCAAAUCCAGUAUUUGAAGCAGAUCGGUUGAGUUCCAAAAUGAAAGUAUUAUUUAGUACGGUAAAAGAAAUUAUAGGAAAGAAUGAUAAACUUAUAAUUGUAUCACAAUGGUCAAGCAUGUUUGAAAUUAUUGGAUCUCAUUUAUCUUCGAUAAAAGGAGCUACGUAUGCUGAAUUUUCAGGCAGAGUUCCUAUUAAAAAUCGACAAAGCAUAAUAGAAUCUUUCAAUGAUCCAAAUAAAGAUCCAAAAAUUUUGUUACUUUCACUCACUGCUGGUGGAGUUGGAUUAAAUCUUGUUGGAGGAAAUCAUCUGUUACUUAUAGACAUUCAUUGGAAUCCUCAAUUAGAGUCUCAAGCACAAGAUAGAAUAUAUCGAUUUGGCCAGAAAAAAGACGUAUUCAUUUAUAAGUUUAUUUGUAAAGAUACUAUAGAAGAACGUAUCAAACAUUUGCAAGAAAAAAAAUUGUCAAUAUCUGAAAACGUAUUAAGUGGUGGAAACAACAAAAUAACCUCAAAAUUAACGCUUAAUGAUCUUAAGUCUCUAUUUGGUUUAUAAGAGAAAAUAAUAAUAAUAAUAAUAAUUAUAGUUUUAUUUUAA